CUCGCAUCGCCAAUGGCGACCACCCCCAACCCGCGCCGCCGGUCACCUCGAGUGUCUGACGGCUCGGAAGCCUUCUCCCCCGUUGGGGACACCACGCUCACGGGGCUCCAGCGUCUCCCGGCGCAUACGAAGUACCCUCUCACCCCGAGCCGGUUCGCGGGAACCGGCACCCCGGCCGCGAACAGAUUCACCCCGCGCAGGGGCGCCGGCGCGCCCUCCACGCCCUACAGGGUGCAGGCGAUGCAGCAGCGACGCGCCGCGAACACACCCGCACGCGAUCGUCGAAGAAGCGGGCGCGUCCAGCGCGAGACCACCUUUGAUAUUCUGCAGAAUCUGGGACGAGCUCUUGCUCCGACUUCUCAGGUGAUUCGUUCAUCGCCGCAGGUACAACCCGAACCAGAGCCCGUGCCCGAGCCGGUGCUGGAUGAGAUCGAAGAGCUGGAUAACGAGCCCGAGAUUCCGCGGCCGCGGUUGUCGUUGCCUCUGGAUGACGUCGAGGAGGUCGAUGAGGAGCCGGAGAUGCGUCCGCCCCGGCUGUCGUUGGCGUUCGAGGAGGAGGAUAUCACCCAUACGUCCAUUGAGUAUCCCCGGCGAGCAGCGGGGGAUGAGAAGGGGAGAUUGUCGAUGAUGGGUCCUCGGAUGAGUGAAAUUGGAGAUGGGACGAGACUGGAGAGUGAUAGUGAGGAUGACGAUGAUACGGGCAUUGUGCGUGACGGCCAUGGGGAUGAAGGGGACGAUACGAUGAUAAGCCAGGGGGAGUUUGACAAGGGAGGAGAAACGGAAGAUCUCGGCCGGUUCAACUUCGACUUCAAUUUCCCCAGUCCUCCGCCCCCCGGCGACGAUCUGGACCAGGAUGUGCCCCUUGGCGACGACGAAGGGUUCGAACUCCCAGUUGACGUUGACUUGCCGCUAGACACGCUGGACACCGGAGUCGGAUCGGACGAUGAUGGCAGCGUGUCGAUCGCUGCGGGCGACUUUAACGCGGGUGAUUUCGGCAUGCAAUCGCCGCUCCCCGAACACGAGCCGAUGGCGAUGAGCGAAAGCCAAAGUCCGGGUCUAGUUGGGGGUGGUCUGCGAGAGGAGGACCGGUUUGUCACUGGCGGAAAGCAGAAGAAGCUCUCCCGGCAUGGCAUCCCUGUUCCCAACAUGCCCGCCGGGGUCGUGAAGAAGCUGGCCACCCGGUUUGCGCGGGCACGGAACGGGUCGAAGGCCAAGAUGAGCAAAGAAACGCUGGCCGCCAUUGAGCAGGCGUCGUCGUGGUUCUUCGAGCAGGCGAGCGAUGACCUGGCCGCCUAUUCCAAGCACGCGGGGCGCAAAACGAUCGAUGAAAGCGAUGUGGCGACAUUAAUGCGGAGACAACGGCAUACCAACAACGCUACCACGAUCUUCUCGCUUGCGCAAAAACAUCUGCCCAAGGAGCUCCUGCAAGACAUGAGAUUGGCGAUGCCCCCGUGAAUGAUACAUGUACACGAAUCCUAUAAGAUACAAGCCGAACGCCAUGAUUGAAUGCGGGACCACGCGCACGACAACACUACCAGUUCCGGUUUGCACGAACACGACGGACGGCCUCGUUGGGCCGUUUGCGAAUGAUCAUCCACAGCAUGAUGGACGUUGCCAGAGACAAGCCGUAC